GGCCUUAUCCUCGAGGCUCAGGAAGCCACUACUACUAUGUUCGCUCCUACCCCCAGGUCGAGCGCCUCGUCCAAGCGCGCGAAGCCGUAUUCCCGUAGCCAGAAAAAUAUGACGCGUUCAAACUCAAUUCUCGGAACGAUCAAGAACAUCGUCUCAGCACCCCUGUCGUGGUUCGCGUCCAGCGAUGAAAACUUCGAGGACCUAGGAAAACGCAGGAGGCAAGCUGCGAAGGACAUCGCAGACAUCGAGGAAGGACAGCCGCAGCGUAGGGAGAAGCGCAGACGUGUAGAUAGUCCUGAACGUCCUCCAGAGCGGGUUCAGCCGCCGACUGCUGGCUAUCUUGAUCCUCCGCCAACCACCUCCCUGGUUACUCAACAGGCCACGCGGGACAGAGAACAGGCAGACGCGCAUACACGCCGCUCGUCAGCGAUCGAGCUGCCGUCGUCGUCGAGUAUUCGCCUUAUGUCCGUUGAUCCUCCUCACCACUAUGCCACGCUUAAUCGUGAUCCUGCGAUGGUGCCCCUUCCAGGAUCCCCGACCAGAUCGAGUCCCAGAAGAUCAGUUGGGCCAGAAGACAUUGCCCACGUACCGCGCACUCCUUCCAGACUACGAACGUCUUACACCCCACAGGUCGCACUCACGAAGCCACUUCGACGCGAGGCAUCUGCACCGCCCCCUCUUUCAAGUCUUCAGUCCCGUCCGAUGUUCGUUAAGCCACCUUCCGAUGAGGGUCAGCGUGAACAUUUGGACUCGAAGGAAGUGCUGCCUUUGGGAACCCUAGCCGAAUUCAGCCGUGGUUCCCGCGCCCCGAGUCAAGACAGAAUAUUGAAUGGAGUUGGAUCGAACUCCAGAAAUGCACGCCAAAUAACAUCUUCAGCUUCUUCUGAUGCUGUACUUCAACCAACCAAGAGUCUUUCUGAGAAGGUUUUCCGCGAGCUCGAGAUUUACAAGACGCCAAUCUUGCCGUCUAGGUACAAGGACGCGAAUGCGAUUCCGUCCUUCCUCCAGCCGAAGCGUUCGCAUGUGCCGAUUCCAAUGAGCAAGAAGGGUAAGGCAUCAAAGCCAAGUCUAGGUAUGGGUGUAAAAGAGGACCGUGAGAAGACUGGAUCUUCUUCACGCGACGAUGGGAAACCAUACGCUCGUAGGGAUGGUUAUAAGAAGCUUAUCGCAAAGCGCAAAGUGGAUGGAGAAGAUGCGAAUCGCGGGGGUAAAAUCGAGCUUCCUAGCGUCGAAGAGGAGGACGAAAUGGACACGGAUAUAGAGCCGAGUAAACGCGAUGUCGGCGUCUCCACUCGCAUGACAUCUGGCUCUGAGGAUGAGAGAUCGCGUCUUCGGAAAGUGAAUGCGAGGCUGAGCGACGCCGACGUUCCACAAGGUGCUCAGAACGAUCCUUUUUCACGCCAACCUGCGAGUGUGCUUGGCGGUCGCCAUCAACCCUAUGGACGAGUGGGCCGCACUCGUGCUCGUGAUCCCGGACAGCGCUCUGUUCCACUUGGACGGCCAACGAACAAAUUUUCUGCCUUUUUUGACGAUGAUGAAGGUUCUGAUAGUGCUGAGAAGAGCACAACUACAAACGAAUUUGCUUCCGGCGAAAAGGCUCAGGUAACAGCCGAGGCGGCAAAAUCUUCGGUGUACGAGGCUCCCAAGGGUUUCUCCUUUGAAAAAGAUGUGCCGUCCAUUAACCUUGAUCACGCUUGGGCUAAAGAACCUCCGAUUCCAUCUUUACCUUUCUCGCUUGGCCAGAAGCCUGCUGCUCCGCCCACCAAUGCGGGUGACAAGACGAAGGAAACAUCAUCUUUAAAGCCAUCUCUGUCGGCAUUACCGUUGCCCCAGCCCAGUCCUGAGAAUGCCGAAGAGAAGAAAGAGAACUCUGCAGCAGCGGCUCCGAACGUUGGUGUCAUUCCCCCAACCCCAGAUCAGUCUGUAAAGGAAGUCAAAGAGACGCCAGCUGUGCCGAACUUCUUUGCUGCUCCUUCCAGUACAGCUGGUGCAAGUGAUGCCGCUGCGUCUAACGCCACGCCGAAAUCAACAGGAAUUCCGAAUUUCUUCGCAAAUUCCGUAUACGUAGCAGGUAGCAAACCGAGUUCGCCCGCCCCUAAACCUGCGGUACCUACAUCAUUCCCGGCCGCUCCUGCUGCAACUCCCGCUACGCCAGUCAAAGAUCCUGAGAAUCCGCUGUGGAACGGGAACGAUGCGGCCCCGGGCGCACCACCAAAGCUAUUUGCCGGAGUAAACAAGCCAUUCACGUUUGGAACAAAGUCAAUGGAGGCUACUAAUACGUCGAGCGCCCCAGCGGUGUCUGCAUCGUUAUUUGGCCAACCGCCGAAAUCAAGCAGCGCUGCUGAGUCCGUCAACGGCCAGCAGUUAGGUUCUGCCCAGAUUGGGAUGGCGGCGUCGGCGCCUGCUUCGACUCCAUCCACCAGCGUGGCAGCUACUACAAGCGAGGCAGCACCCGUCCCUUCGAAGCCCUCUGACUCCGAGAACAAACCUGCUGGUUCUGGACCUACGCCAUUCUUUAGCUUUGGUACGAGCUCGACCUCUAAUGUUCCAAAGCCAUUGUUUGGUACCGGCGGGACCACGGCUUCAAGCGCUCCGUUUUCUACUCAGCCGAGCCAGCCAGCUCAGAAUGCUACCGCCAAUACUGCACAGAAGCCAGCGUUUUCUUUUGGUGUCCCACAGCCUGCUAGUGGGGCUGAUAAACCGUCUGAUACUCAAUCUAGCCAGGCGGCGCGUACUUUAGCAGGUACCGGAGGCCAGAAGUUGUCAUUUUCAUUUGGUGCCCCAAGCGCUGGUGCCAGCGCGCCUCCUCCCUCGAACAAUGUUAAUAUCGCGGCUCCAAAACCCUUGUUUGGCAGUGAGGCGGCAGGUACUGGAUUCACAUUCGGAACUCCAGCGCCCUCCGCAGCUCCUGGCGGAGAUGCUGCAAAGCCUGCCAGCCCUUUCGCAUUUGGUGCGCCGCCGGCCACGCCUCCCGCAGGUGAACGUCAAGGCUCGCCAUUUACGUUCGGUGCUGCACCUUCCACUGGGACAUCUACUGGGUUUACAUUUGGUACGCCUGCCAAACCGAACGGUACAGAGACAAGCACUGCACCAUCGAUACAAGCACCGACAUCUCCGUUCACGUUUGGAGCUCAGUCAGCUCGGCCUGUGACGCCGCCUCCAAAACCGGAUGAAGGAAUGAGCAUGGAAGAGAGCCCUACGCAUAUGGACAUGAAUGGCGCUGGUCAGAAGCGACCCAUUGACAGUAUAUCUUUUGGUUCCGGCCCAACGCCCGUAAAUCCUUUCGGUCAAAACACAAAUGCUGGGUUUACUUUUGGUUCAACAUCUGCAUCAUCCAGCCCAUUCGCCCAGAAAGACGAGAAUAAACUGAGCGUUCCAAACUCUACUGGUGGUUUUAACUUUAACCGUACUUCGUCUGCACCUGCUAUUUCCACGUCUUUUUCUUUUGAUGCGAAGGCUGAUCAAUCCACGGCGCCAGCGACGGCGUUCGGUACCCCACCUAAUCCCUUCGGUCAACCGCAGACGUCUGGCACAAGCUCGUCUCCGUUCAACUUUGGACAACCACAGCAGUCUGCUCCGGCGGCUAAUCCAUUCGGAUCACCUGCUCAGCCGUCGGCAGCACCAGGUUCUACGCCGAGUAGUCCGUUUGCCACAAACACACCGGCUUUCACGUUUGGUGCUCCUUCGAAUGCGAAUGCGAAUGCACCUAGUAAUUCGUUCGUGUUUGGUUCGAGCGCUCCGUCGUCCCCAGCGAACGGUGCAACCGGAUUACCACAGACAUCAGGCGGUGCGCCUUCGUUCACCUUCGGUCAACCAGCAGGGUCGAGCGGUUCGACGUUGUUCAACAUAGGUGCCGCGCCUCCUUCGACUACAACUCCAGGCCGUCAGAUGAAGAAACUGCCUAGACGUGGCCCUCCGCCGAAGCGCUAAGGAACUUCGUUGGCCCGUAAAUAAUCGAACUGUUCGACGUGUCUUUAAAAUAUUGUGUUUUCUUAUGUUUAGUUUUCCUUUGUGCGCAACCCCUUCCAGUUUCAUUCCUGUCUGUCAUUAUUUCUCUUCCUGUCGCUUGUUUCAAUUCUUCCACCAAUGCAAUUACUACAGUUCAACACAAUCCUGCUUUCUU